GGAGGGGGGAGAAUCAGCUCAGCACCUCUCCUCCAUCAGGAACAAGGAAACACGGUGGGGCAGGCCCGGGAGAAGACACAGAGUCACAAAGAUGAGCAGCCAGGUGCACGAGUAGAGGUCAGGGAGGGAGUUGGUGUGGGACGUGGGUGCAUCCCUACCGGAUGACAGGUCCAAAGUAGCUCAGGUCAAGUCCUGUCCUGUGAGGACGAAAAGAAGAGCCCUGUUUCUCCCAAUAGGUCGUCCAGUUUGCCAUCACCAUGGGAGAGUGGACCAUCCUGGAGAGGCUGCUGGAGGCAGCUGUCCAGCAGCAUUCCACCAUGAUCGGACGGUGGCCAGACAAAGGAGACCAAAGGGAUGUCCGUGUUGCUCUGUUUCUGCUGGAUAUGAUCCUGCUGACAGUGGUGGUGAUUUUCCGUAUCCUGAUAGUAGGCAUCGUGGGAGAGAAAGUGUACGAGGAUGAGCAAAUUAUGUUCAUCUGUAACACCAUGCAGCCUGGGUGCAACCAGGCUUGUUAUGACAAGGCCUUUCCAAUCUCCCACAUCCGCUACUGGGUCUUCCAGAUCAUCUUGGUGUGCACGCCGAGCCUGUGCUUCAUCACGUAUUCUGUCCACCAGUCAGCUAAAGCGCGUGACCGUAGCUACUCCCUGUUGCAUCCACACAUGGACCACCAUGGUCACGGUCACCACAGUCGCCAUCACGACCAUCAUGCUCGCAAACUUCACGCUCGCAACAUCAACGGCAUCCUGGUGCACCCGGACAGCAGUAAGGAGGAUCAUGAAUGCCUGGAGGUCAAGGAGAUACCAAACGGUCCCCGGGGACUCACUCAGACGCAUAAGAGUUCUAAAGUGCGCCGGCAGGAAGGGAUCUCCCGCUUCUAUGUCAUCCAGGUGGUGUUCCGCAAUGCACUUGAGAUUGGCUUCUUAGCUGGCCAGUACUUCCUGUAUGGCUUCAAUGUGCCAGGGAUGUUUGAGUGUGAUCGAUACCCAUGUGUGAAGGAAGUGGAGUGCUAUGUGUCUCGGCCCACAGAAAAGACCGUGUUUCUGGUCUUUAUGUUUGCAGUAAGCGGUAUAUGUGUAGUGCUCAACCUGGCUGAGCUCAACCACCUCGGCUGGAGGAAGAUAAAGACGGCCAUCCGGGGAGUGCAGGCACGCAGGAAGUCCAUCUGUGAAGUCCGCAAGAAGGAUGUUUCCCACCUGUCCCAAGCGCCCAACUUGGGCAGGACCCAGUCUAGUGAGUCAGCCUACGUCUGACAGAGGCUUCUCUGCCUGGGAACACAAGGACCUCUUAUAUUUUGGAGAAGACCUUUUCCCUGGCCCAGUACCCCUAAUCAUUAGGGUACGAAAGUGAAAGCAACACUUUCGAGUAGCACAGAGAGACUCUGUGUAGGCUUGUUGACUCCUCAAGACAGGAGAAUACACUGGUUAAAAAGGAACUUGUGUUACUGUAACAAAACUUACUUUGAAACCUUGAAGACUUCUACUUGGCUUAUGUGACACUUUGUGCCUUCAAGGAGAACACGGCAUGGACUAACCGUAGCAAGUACUUGUGAAAAUGCACGAAGGAUGGCCUGAGGUUGAUGUCUUUCAUGAUUUCUCAUUGCAGUAGCUCAGAAUAUUAUCCUCUUUUUCCAAAUAAAUGUGCAUAUGCAAGAGCUUAAGAAUGUGCAUGCAAAUGCAUGUGUACGUUGGAUCAAAUACCUGACUUUAGCCAGAAAAUGGAAUGCUAAGCUAAGCUAAAAGCAAGAAAAUCUUAUUUUACGUGUUUGUUUAUAAUCUUUGUGUAAAGUCCACCACCGAGAGGCACUGUUUCAAAUUCAGCUAAAAUUAAGAAAUAUACACAAUGUAAAAGGUUUUAAAGCCACUAAAACACUUAGUGGCUGGAAUUCAUGUUUGUUUUUGUGUGUCAGAGGUUUUUAAAAUGUGAUACUAUUUCACAUACUUUUAUUUACAUUAGGUGCCAAACAGACUACCGCAUUUGCCAUAAAACUGUUGCUAGUAAGUUGUUAACAAAGCGCAACCAUGCUAACCCACAAACCACAUGGCACAAUAGUGAUGGGUUAGAUUGACUGCCAGACAUUGUUUUUGCCUGUAAAGCGAGGCAUUUAAUCUCACACAUUACCAAAAACACAAAACAAUGGUUGUCUAAACGGUUAUUAUAGUUACAUAUUAUUAAUUCAACGAGAAUGAGUACUGUAAUCAAGUAUCUACACAAGCAACUUAUUUCACAAGCAGAUUUCGUGCCAUGUUUCAAAAAAAUUUGUACAUAGAUGAAAUGACAGCUUUUACCCCCCUCUGUGUGGGAUAUUUAGGAUUCACUUGGACUUGGGAACUGUGAUUCAGGUGGUAAUACAAUUUAUUUAUUAUAGAUUGUUAGCUUUAAUGCUAUAUAUUAAUAAUGUACUCUUUGAUAAGCCUUCACCCUCAAACAGAAAUUAUGUUCCAAAAAGUGUUUUCACCUUGUGGACUUUGAAAAAGGCAUGUACUGAAGCAUUAUUGUAAUAGAAUGGAUAGAUUAUGACAUGUAACUUAUAAGAGAGAUGUUUAUUUAUUUGCAUCUUGCUUCUGUGAAAUGUAAUAAUAAGCAUGUGUUAAGAUGAAAAAUAUAAGAGGUAUGAGCAUAGCAUCCCUUUGUAGGAAUACUGGCAUUGAGUACCCGAAUGGCUCCAGAAUUGCAGCAAUAAUAUAUGUAGUAUGUGAAAAAAAAAAUGUGAAUAAAUUAUUAUGCAAACAGUGA